CCAGGAUACUCGCCGUUGCUUUUAUUUUCUGGGAUCGGAGAGAUUGGGUGACAUGUACAGUCGAAUUUGAAAGAAAAAAAGUUCUAUAUGUGCACUCUGAUUGAUUGAUGGAGUGGUAUGCAUCAAAGGAGAUGUGUACAGCGCUUCUCUCUGCUCACAUCACCGCAUUUUGUACGUUACCCGUGCAUAGAAGCAGUCGUCUUAUGUUGCUUGCUCACUGACAUAUUUGGGAAAAUGCAUGUCUUUUGUAAUCUGGGGGUUGUAAAAUUAUAUUUCAUCUCCUCUGUCAGCAAAGUGUAGACAGGGUUUGCAGUUAAAUACUCUCAUUAAAUGGCAAAAGGUACAAUUUGCAAUUUGCCAUCCGUGCGACAGAAUCGUAGCUUUGUGUUCAGUGAAAACACCUUUUCACAAUCAGUUUGUGUGUAAAGUGAGACGGGAGCCGCAACACUACCGCGAUAUAUUACAUGUACGUCCGUUUAAAUCUUCAAAUAAAAAGAGGAAAACAUUGCUUCGAAAACACAAUCAUGUGUAUGACCUAUUACUGUCCACAAGGCGGCGCCUGCCCCCAUUGAGUUGAGGGCACCUUAACGCAUCAACGCGACGGCCAUGUUGGGGAGGUCAAUGUCCCUAUAGAAUGCAAUGGAUGAUCACCGAAAUCUCGUUACAACUUACUCAUUUCUCAACCCAUUUUCACGAGGGUUACUCUUUUUUUUAGAUGUUGCUAUCAACAACAAUUUUAAAAAAUAUAUAUAUCUUACAUAUGCAAGGAACUGGUGGUAGUCAUUGUACGUUGCCGUUGAUACGGAAGUGUAAACUUUGAACCGGCGGAAGUGGUGUGGAGGAAACAUUUGACGCAUGCGCAGUAGAGCCUAAAGGGGGCGGGCCAUUUUCAAACAAAACGGCGGGCUGCGUCGGAGCAACUUUAGCGAGACUCGAGGGGGGGGGGCCGGACAAAAAAAACAAAACAAAACGUUUUUUUGUGAAAGCGUUUGAAAAGUAAGACGAAAAGCAAACCACACCAUGACUAGCACACUGAAAGGCAUUACACUCAAAGGAAGCGCGGAGCUUGUGGCUGACUUCUUUUCUUUUGGCAUCAACAGCAUCUUGUACCAGCGCGGCAUCUAUCCUCCGGAGAAGUUCACCAGAGUCAGCCACUAUGACAUGAGCCUCCUCGUCACCGCGGAUCCCGAACUGAAGAACUAUCUGGAGACUGUGGUGUCGCAGCUCAAAGAGUGGCUGCUCAACUGCACGGUGCAGAAGCUGGUCUUGGUGAUCACGUGCCUGAAAACGGACGAGGUGCUGGAGCGAUGGCAGUUUGACAUCGAGUGCGACAAGUCGGCCUUGGAGUGCAGUGCCCCUCGAGAGAAGCCCAUCCAAGUGAUCCAGGGCGAGGUCCGCUCGGUCCUUCGGCAGAUCACAGCCUCCGUCACCUUCCUGCCCCUGCUGGAAAACCCAUGCAGCUUCAACCUCCUGAUCUACACGGACAAAGACCUCGCCAUCCCCGAAAACUGGGAGGAGUCCAGCCCGCACCACAUCAGCCAACCGGAGGAGGUGCGCCUGCGCUCCUUCACCACCACCAUCCACAAAGUCUGCAGCCAGGUCACUUACAAGAAGGCGUGCCCACUUUAAAGCCCGGCCGGGUAACUAACACAAACGAACUCCCUCGUGUAAUAAUUCUAAUUUUUUUUUUUUUUGUUUGUUUUCAUACAUUUAUUGUGCACAACUUUGUCGCUCCUGCUUGAAAGCAAACUCCCGUGAACUUUUCAAAGCGUCCGUUGAGCAAGCAGGCGAGAGAAGGUAAAUAAACACAGUGUCAACUUCAACGGGUUUCUCUGCGUUCCUUGUUCGUGAUCGACUUGAAAUAACUUCGUGUAGCUGCUUUGUCGAGGGAGAGGCAAAAGGCAAAAGAAACAAUCUUUCGCAGAAUUUAUUUCAUAUCGCAACAUUUUCUCAGAAGUAGUUGCAUUGUAACCGAUUACAAAAUUCGGCUCGUCAAGCCCCGUUGAAGGAAAUCGCCUCGCACGUUUCCCAAAAAUGUGUUUGUGACUAUUUUACGACAAGGCAGUGGAGGAAAAAUGAAAUUUAUUUUCCCCUUUUUAAUAACAAUUUCAUCGUGGGGAAAAAAAAGGGCUUUCAAAAGAUAGUGUACAUUCGGCUAAUAAAUACAUUCAACAAAUAAAUACGUUUGAGUCACACUGCAGUAGUCUAGAUAGUAUCUGCAUCCCAAUUGAAGUUUUUUUUUUUUUUUUUUUUUUUUCAUUUUGAGGUCAAAGCCACUCAGUGCAGAAAUAAAAAUAAAUAGCAUCUA